AGAGCAACGGGAGCUUGCGCCGACAUGGCGCAGGUAGGCCCGGGAACCAUCCGGCGAGGGCCGGACCUCUCGAGCCUGUACCCCCAACACCAACAGGGGAAGAGGCGGGGGAAGGACGGUGUCCCUCUGCCCCGACCUAGGGCAGAACUAGGCCCCUAAGCCCUGCCAGGGGUGCCUACCGCUAAGGCGCCCCUGGCGAGACGUCAACAGGCCGACUGGGUCCGGGGGGCUCCGGAAGUAUGCUGCACGCGUUCCCGGAGCCAUUCAGUUAUGGACCAGGGCAGGACACCCGGAGGGGUUUUAGUGGGUAGGCCCUCACCGGCACGUCGCUGGCGGGGGGGAGCCCCACAUAACUGCCAGGCCUCCCCGGAGGUCUAGGAUAUGCGGUAACGCAUUUCCCCUCCGUUACAAAAAAAAGCGGAUGCGGCAGAAGGGGAAACCUCGCAAGUCGAAGGGCCCGCGGUCAUCCCCCUCCCCUGGCGCGACCGGGAGCGGUGCGCCAGCAAUCAACGCCCGUAAAUGUUCUCGGUCCCGAAGGCGAAUAGGAAGAGUGUCAAGGUUACGCCUUACGCAGAUGAGCCCAUUUCUCACUCAAGCGCGGUGAAGAAGUCCCUCCCUGACCGCUUGUCCCGCCUUGCCAAGGAUCUCACGGGAACGAGCGGAAAGACGCUCAUUGAUGUUAAUAAUGCCGGGGAGAAGACCGGGGACGUCGAAUCCGUCCAGCCUCCUCUUGGUUCUCUUCCCGCUGAUUCGCCGGUUGCGGGCAUCACACGUGGCCAGUUUAACAAUGACGGGACGAGGCCGGCCGCCAGUGGCAGGUAUACGGAAACAGAAGAUUCCCCAAAGGCGGUUCCCUAACUCCGAAGAUAAUCAGUUCCGAGCACAGUUUAGCGCGCUCGAGAGCUUCCAGCCUAUUUUCAAUCGCUGACAGUCCGCGCAAUUCAGCAGGCGGACCAUGCGCUUCAAGGACAUCCAUCCGUCGAUUGAGGGCGGUCUGCUGCGCCCUGAGGUCUCGAAUCAAAGCUGUAAGCGCGUUCAAAGUGACAGUGAGCCUCGCAUCAAGAGCAGACACCUGAGGCUUAAUUGUGGAGAGGUUUGAUGAGUUGUGCCUUAAUAAUGGAGAGAUCCUGCAACUGAGACUCGAUGCUCGACAUCUUAAAAAGGAGAGAGGAAAGAAUGGCAUUUGUCAAGCCGGACGCAGGUUUGGCAGGAUUGAAGUUAGUAGAGGCGCUGGAUGCGAGGGAGGAAAUCUGACGUCCGAAGCGACAGUGCUCUCCACAUAGUGGGCAAAAGAUGUCAUCAGAAGAGGCAGCAGAGCAGGAAGGAAGCUCUAAACACUCCAGAUGGAAUGCGUGCUUUGCAUCCCGCUCACACUGGACAACAGCGGCGGCCGACAUAAACCUCUUGCAGAUCCAACAGCUAAGAGGCAUCUUGAUUGGCUGGAGAGGACUGUGAGGCAGAUCCACGAUGCGUCGCCGGACGCGCGCGCAACCACACAACCAGUAGAUUUAGGAACGCGCGCAGGUCCCAGUACACCGGCAGUAGAGUUGCCGAAGAGAGAGAGAGUGAGAGAGAGAGAGAG